AUGGGCCGCAGCGACGCUCCGACGGGUCGAGAGUCGACCCAGUCGAUCUCCAAGAGUCGAUGGUCGUUCGACUCGCCAUCCCGACCGCCAACCAAGUACAGCAACUUUCGGAAGGGCUCCAAAGCCUCCAGCGUGGAAGGCCGUGCGGGUCUGAAAGAUCUAGGGUCGGCGUCAUUGCCCCGAGGGUCAGAUGAGCCCCGAGAGCCGCUCCCCUUUCCCGAGUACGCCGAGCCGUCACCCACCGAAUCUCGAGACCAGGUCCUUUUUCUUCCGUCAAGACGCACCCCAGCGACCACCGCAAGUGGAUCGAUCGAGCAGUUCGAAUCGCCAUGCGUCCUGUCCAACGACUUUGCGGAUAUCCCGGAACAUCGCUCCCACAAGAGCAAGCACAUGAAACCCAAAGUUCACAUCAAGCCCAUGCUUCGCAAACUGUCGCGGGAAGAGUCCGGUUCGCAGUCAAUCGAUCUGUCUCGCUCGUCCACGGAACAGGAGGGUCUGGGCAUCUACUUGAAUUUUGAACGCGAGCGGGAGCGUCGCCAGAGCGACUCCAUGACGGGGACCGGAUAUCGUCGAACCACGCCGGGGAUGCACAAUCGAUCGAUCAGUGGCACGUCGCAAUUCUCCACCGCGACUGGGUCCAGCGGAGGAAACGCUGGAUCUCAAUAUGUUUAUCCCCUUCGCCCAACGCCUCGGUCAUACAGUCCGCCUCUCCAUCAGUCUCAUCAAACGUCCCUGCACGAGAGUGACGACGAGAGCGAAGGAAGCCCUGAACUGCAGACCAAGACUCGUCCCGAGCUGGAGUCUCAUCACACCGCUCGGACAUCCUCGACAACGGUACCGCGACCUUCCUUGCAAAUUGACGACGAUCCGUUCACCCGUCUGGCCGGCAUCUCACAGACCAACGUCUCCGGUCGACCCUCAUUCGGAUACUCCCGGGACAAUGGAAGCACCGUGGACACUACCUCUCCAAGCUCACGGCCUUCUCUUGACUUCGUCUUUCGCAAUCGUACGCGGACCAGUACGGAUCCCAUCUCCCGAGCUGCCACCAUCCAGGCGGCUCGACAGGCGUUUGAGGAGAAAGAGGCCGCCAAGGCCCGUCGGUUGGAAAAACAGCAGCUGAAGGCGGAAGAGCGGCAGGGGCGACGCCUGGUGAAACGCAACUCCCCCGAGGGCCAGGCCACACCCGCCACUACAUCUACCGCCCAACUCUCUGAGAAGACCGACGAGAUCCCCCACCCCAAGUUCACCAGCAGCGACCACUCAUCACCUUCGUGGAAGUCCCAGUCUAAGAGCACCUGGGUCCUUUUCAUGACCUGGCUUCGCACGCGAGUCUUUAAACUCCGUCGGAAGCUGCGAAAAGUCAACUGA